AUGCUUAUUGCAGCCAAACAGUAUAGCCAAUGGCUUCCAGCAUGCAGGGCGGUUAAAGGAAUUAAUCAUGAAAAGUGGCUCUGUGCUGGACUCGGAAAGCCUUCUCGAAGAUUGAAAAGUUCACAGAACGCGCAAGCACCUACUGUCUUUUCUGGAAUCCAACCCACGGGCGUACCACAUCUGGGUAACUUCCUUGGCGCUCUUCGUGAAUGGUUUAAAAUUCAAGAAGCUGCCACCGAGAACACCAAGUUGAUAUUCUCCAUUGUUGAUUUACAUGCAUUGACUGUGCCUCAGCAAAGCAGUCAGCUGAGGAAAUGGAGGAAAGAGGCCCUCGCAACAUUGAUAGCUGUGGGUUUAGAUCCAAACCGGUCGACAAUAUUCUAUCAGUCUUCUGUCCCCCAACAUGCUGAGUUAUUUUGGAUCUUGAGUACUGUAGCUUCUACGGGUUAUCUAUCUCGUAUGACUCAAUGGAAGAGCAAACUCCAACUGCCAGAGGAUGCGAGCUUGGACAACUCCGAGGUUCGAUCAAAUCUACGCCUUGGUCUCUUCUCCUACCCAGUGCUCCAAGCUGCAGAUAUCCUGGUUCAUAGAGCCACUCAUGUUCCAGUCGGAGAAGACCAAAGACAACAUCUGGAGUUUGCCAGGUAUACCGCAAAUAGCUUUAACCAUCUAUAUGGGCCGAUUUUUCCCUCUCCAGAAGCACUAAUCUCCCCCGCAAAGAGAGUAAUGUCUCUGAAAGAGCCGACACUCAAAAUGUCGAAAUCUCAUGCGGAUGGACGCUCGAGAAUCAUCCUCACCGACUCUCCUGAGGAUAUCCGACGAAAGAUCAAAGUUGCACUCACAGACUCAGAGCCUGGCAUAACUUAUGAUCCGAUACGCCGGCCGGGCAUCUCAAAUCUCAUAGAAAUUUUCAGCCAUCUCGAAGGAAAGCCGUGCUCUGAGAUUGCCUCAUUGUACCAGGACGCAACCCCCCGUGCUCUCAAAGAGCAUUUAUCUGACAAAAUCUGCCAAAUUUUAUCUCCGAUCAGAGAGAAGUUUCAUGCGGUAAUGGCAGACGGCCAUGCGUUGAGCGCGAUUUCAGAGCAGGGGGCGCAGGAAGCACGUGCCAAUGCUGAGAUUACUAUGAAAAAAGUUCGAGAUGCCAUGGGUCUUUGAAGCCCUGAUGCUGUGCUGCGUCCAUGUAUUUUCAAGGGACCAAUCAGUCCCGUAUAGCAUGUCUGAGCGUUCAAUCCACGACUAUAUACGCGUGUCACAUAUCACUUUUAAUCUGUUCAACUCUUUAUGGUAGCCACACAAAUGUAUAUACAUUUCUUAC